AGUGAAAGAUGGCAUCCAAUUUUAAUGACGAUAUUUACAGCGGAUUUUCCGGUGUAACGAACAAACUUUUCAACUACGACGUCAAGGAGGACAAAGCGUUCCAGAAUGCGGUCAAAACCUCCAGCUAUGGGAAGAAAACGACCUCUACGCCGAAGUUCUUUUGGAAUGGAGAAAAACUCGGUUCAGCCGAAGGAAUGGCUGCUAUGGCCAGACCAUCGACUGCCAUCCGUCCGGUGGGCUACUCGUCCCAAAAUAGUAAACUGUUUGACCCACUAAAUCAAGCGGCCAAGAAGAUCGUCGUCAUGGAAAGUAAGAAGGAAGAAACUCCGGAACAGCGGUACAAAAAUAUGGAAACCAAGAUCUACGCACUGUUGGAAGAAUCCAUUAUAGCCAGCACGGGUUCCAAACCGGAUAUGUCCGGUGCACUGGCAAAAGCCAAAGAAGCAUCUUCGAUGGAUCGUACUUUGCUGCGAAUGCGAGAUCAAGAUGGCGGCACUUACACUCACAACUUUGAUCUCACGUUUUUCGUGCUGUUCAAUUUGGCUAAUGUGUACGCUAAGAAUGAAAUGUACAUCGAGGCAUUGAACACCUAUACUUUGAUGACCAAGAAUAAGAUGUUUCCCAACGUCAACCGAUUGAAGAUCAAUAUGGGCAACAUUUAUUUUCAGCUGGGAUUGUAUACCAAAGCGAUUAAAAUGUAUCGGAUGGCACUCGAUCAGGUUCCGAGCAAUCAGAAAGAACUGCGGCUUAAAAUUACUCAUAACAUAGGAAUACUGUUCAUCAAAAUGGGUCAAUAUUCGGACGCGGCAACCAGCUUUGAAUUCAUCAUGUCUGAGAAAGGAGAUCUGAAAACGGGGCUUCAUCUUAUUCUCUGUUACUACGCGUUGGGCGACGUGGAUAAGAUCAAACACGCAUUUCAACUGCUGCUGGAUAUUCAAAUCGACUAUUUGGAGGAAGAGAAAGUUUUUCAAACUAACUCCAACCCUUCUUUCGAAUACAUCAACGAGAUGAUCAAAUCAGACGAACUACACGCACACGAACAGCGCAUUCGACAUCUGGCCGAGAAGAACAUACUGAUCUCGGCGAAUCUGAUUUCGACCAUCAUCGACGAUUACUUCAACGAUGGGUACAGCUGGUGCGUCGAAACGAUCAAGAACUCGUACUUCACCACCCUGGCCGUAGAUUUGGAGCUGAAGAAGGCGGUCAUUUAUUUGAAACAGGACGACAUCCAGCAGGCUAUCGACACGCUGAAAUACUUUGAGAAGAAGGAAUCGAACGUGGCGAUCAAUGCGGCUAUCAACCUAAGCUUUAUAUACAUUUUGAAAAAAGACAUCGUUGCGGCUGAAUCUUAUGCUGAAACUGCUAAGAAGAUUGACAGCUAUUGUCCAGCGGCCUUCAUUAACUGUGGAGUUUGUAGCAUGUUGAAGAACGACUUGGAGUCAGCUAAGCUUAUGUUCAUGAAUGCUUUGGACAUCGAUUCGACCUGUUUUGAGGCUCUUUACAAUGUUGGGUUGAUUUUCAAAAAGUUAGGGGAUCAUAACAACUCCCUUGUAUACUUUCGCAAGAUCAUCUCUAACUUGGGUCAUGAACAGCACCCCGAAGUUCUUUAUCAGAUUGCAAGUUUGUACGAGUUACUUGGAGACAUUGGAACAGCUUUGGAAUACUAUCUACAGCUGCUCAGUCUGGUUCAGCAGGACAACAAAAUCAUUCAGAAGAUUGGAGAGCUCUACGAAACGGAUGGGGAAAGGCAGCAAGCCUACCAUUACCACCACGAAUCCUAUCGUAUUUACCCGAUAGAUUCCAGUGUUGUGAACUGGUUGUGUUCUCAUUACAUCGAGUUGCAGGUUGUAGAAAAGGCCAUUGGUUUCUACGAAAAAGCUGUUCUGAAGAACCCCCAGGAUCCGUACUACCUGCUACGUAUUGCCGGAUGCUACAGACGUAUUGGCAAUCAGCAGAAAUCGAUGAACCUUUUCAAAAUGAUCCAUGAGAUAUACCCGGAGAAUGCGGACUGUCUACGGGCUCUGAUGCAUCUGACCCAGCAGCAAGGAAACAACGAAUUGUAUGAACGCUACAUGUCGGAGCUGCAGAAGUUGGAGAAGCAGAAAGAAGUCCGGCAGCGUAUCGGUACAAGUCGACCGCCGACUACGAGUUCCAGAAUCUCCAGUGGUGAUCACAGCCGUAGAUCGAGCGUAGCCAACGGGGAUCACUAUCAACCUCCGCCGACGGCUUCCGGAAAUAAAAGCGUCGAUGUUUCACCUGAUUACAAUACAGCAUUUUCGAAUGCCUAUGGAUACGCUGACCCCCUGGGUCCGCCACAGGAACGCCCCCGUACAGGGGUGCGAAGAAAUCUUACCGUGGAGGAAGACUCGGAUGAGGAAAUUAAUCCCUAUGAUCUGUUGCCGGUUUAAACGACGUCACUUAUGUGAAUUUGUUUAUCGUACUAAUUAAACAGGAAUAAGUACAAAAUAAUGAACCUUUAUCUAAAUAACUUAUAGAUUAGACUUUAUAUAACUCAAAUCAA